GGCCCAGUGUUGAAUGCGGGGGCAGGUUGAUAGCACUCAAGCGGUGUUUAUCCUGUGUGAAUGAGCGGUGUUCUGUAUGCUCGGUCAAACGUGCAAGCAGGGUUUUUUUCUUUUUUCUCUCAAACCAGACGUACGUAGGCGUGUUGAAACUAACCACAGAAACACCACCGCACUUUCCAUGCCAUAUCAAAAGCUGCGUGUACAUAUGUGUACAUGUACAUACACGUAGCACGCAUUGAAGAGCAUACGAAACCAAUUGUCAGUGUGUACCUAGCUCCAAAAGUGUGCAGGAUAUACUGAACAUGUGAUGAUAUGACAGGCAUACGGAGUACAUGUUAGUCCUGGGAUUUCAACGCUUCGGGUUCAACCCCUUUCGGUGCAUGGACCGUUCUUUUUUCUUGAGGACUUGGAGGGAACUUUCUCUUCAACCAUCAUCUCUAAAGUGAGGUCGACACUUGCCCAUGACGAUUGUGUUGCGUCUGGUUGCGUGGGAACUGAAUGAGUUUAUCCGGUGCAGAAUUAGUGCGGUUUGAGUACAUGGUGGACCGUGCUGAAAAUAAAAACAAGGCGUGACGACUGCCUGUCUUCACGAACCACAGUUUGUGUCCUUCCAACUCACUACUCAAAGCAUCUGCCUUGGGUGCCAGACUUUGACAAAAGUUUUGCUGCCUGUUUUCUUUGUUGUUCAGCCAGCCCGCCUGUAAUAUUCUUUUCCAGCCAUCAUGAACAGCAAACGAGGACGCAAGAAAGAGGGAUUUUUGCAAGUGAAGCUGUCUUCCCGUUCAGCUUUGGGCAAGGCGUGGAAGCGAAAAUGGGUGGUCGUACAGCAGAACACUUCAUCCACCGGCAAGUCCCUCCUCCUAGAACUCUACAUGGAAAAGGGCGCCUACCACAAGACCGUCACCAGCCUACUCCUGGAGGGCGUGGUCAAGGUGCAGCGUACCACCUCCAAGAAGCAGGAGCACGCCAUCGAGAUCUCCUCGGCGUCUAAGGUCCUGCUGGCCGUCAGUGCAGACAGCGAGAUGGAGACCCAGGACUGGCUGAGCAUGUUCCGGAUCAACCUGCUGCCUCCGGUCAAGGAGCUGGCCUGCCCGCCUGGCAUCCCCGAAGAUUUCAUGCGCGUCAGCGUGAUUCCAAACAAGGAUUCCGAGCGACUGAAGCUAGCAGGAGACUACUUCGCCCACAUCUCACUGGCAAACAUCAACCUCUACGACACGGAGACUGGGGAUAUUGCUCAAGAGUGGGACCUCAGACACCUCAAGAAGUUCAUGCUGAUCUCUAAAUGUCACCAGCUGGAUGCAGAGAAGAUCGUUCACAUCCUGCCUAGCAAUCGUUCCCCACAUGGAGAGGGCGAGUUCAUCUUCUUCAGUGCCAAGGGGAAGCAACUAGUGGAAGGCAUCUACGAGAGGUUGAGCAUCGCCAUGACGGUCAAGUCUCGCCGCUCCAGAUCCACCUCCAUGCUCUUUGAGAUCACGCCUCAGGAGUUGGAGCAGAUGUUCAAAGAUGGAGAGCAACCUCCGGAGGAGAUUAUCGUAGAAGCCGAUGAGGAAGAAAAAGAGGGGGAGAAGGGAGAAGUGAAUGGGGAGGCGGCAGAGAAUGAAGUAGCACCUGAGAGCAAAGAAAUCGAGGCUAAUGGGGUUAAGGAGGACUUUGAGACUAAACAGAUUGAACCAGUAUCAGAUGAGAAAGAGGAUGCUGAAACAAAGGGAGAUGACGCAGCUACCAAGGAAGAAGGACCUCCUCAGGAAGAAGGUAAGAUUGAUCGUCCUGAAGAAACAGAUGCACAAGUUGAGGAUGUUGAGGAUGCUAAGCAUGAAGUCCAGAUUCCGAAUGGAGAUGUGGAGGUUUCACCUCCAGAUGCCACCUUGGAAGACGUUGCACAGGAAAUGGGCAACACAGGUGUCGCAUCCGAGAGUCAAGAUGCUGUUGUUGAGAACUCAGUGGAUGAAACAGACAAGGUUGGGAGCGCCGACAUAGCAGAGCAUGAAGAUGACAAAGCUAACCAGACAAACCCGGAGGAGAUGGAUGAGGGCCUCGGUGCUGACUCAGAUCUAAAAGGAGAAGAGCAAACAACAACCGACGUCGAGGUUGUAGAGUCCAGUCAGGCUGAUAAUCAAGUCGAGAAUGCCUUUGAGACGACCAGGGUAGAGCAAGUUGAAUCGCAGCCAGUUAAUUCAGAGCCAGCUCAGGAAGACACCUCUGAUGUGAUUACAGCAGAAACCAGUGGAGCCGAAGAGAAUCCACCAGUAACCAAUGACACUGGAGCAAAUGCCGCCCCUGACGAAACUUCUACUCAGAAAGCGAUCGAGGAAAAAGAUGCAAGUGAUACAAAGGUUGAGGAGAGUCCCAAUUCUGUAUUAAAAACAGAACAAGUUGCCUCCAGCCCACCACAGGAAACCCCUGAUUCUAAAGAAGAUGCUGUAGAGGAGAUGAAGAACACUGAACUAGAAUCUGGUUUACAAGAAAAGGAAACUAGUGUGGAUAAGCCCAAUCCUCACAAGGAAACUGUAGAAGCUGACGAUGCAAAUCCUACAAUGCAACCUACGCCAGAUCUACAAGAACAAGCAGAGCAAAGCAGUGACACAAAAGAGAGUCCACAAGCAGCAACAGGGGAGGAUGUGCCUGUGGAGGAAGGUGAAGCGGCAGAGGUAGUAGAUGCAGCAGAGCCAGUUAAGGACAGUGAUCCAAGUGGAUUGGAUCAAGGAGCAACAUGUGAACUCUCUGAAACAGAAAAUGUAGCACAGGUUCAAGAGAACAUAUCCUCUAAGGAUCCCUCUGAGACUGGCAUGGAAUCAACAAGUAGCUCUCCCGAAUCUGCCUCCAAGGUCACCACGGAACCAGCAGAGCCAAUCCAACAUCAAGCCGAGGAAGAGCUGAGCAAGGAAUCUGCCGAUGCCCCGAACCCGAACCUCAACAACAGCAACGCCAACUUGCCCGUGAGACCAAACAGCAAGACAACAGUUCCCCUGCCAAACACCCUGACAUCAAGGAUGGCCGAAGCCAUGAGAAACGCCCAGAAGCGAAAGCAGUCCACCGAAGCAUCACCGAGUCAUAAGACGCAGACCGACUUUCCUCCAGAUCAAGAAAUAAUCGUGUAGCUCCUUGAUGUUCGUCGUCAUGACAACGCUCCUUUUUAAAGAACGGCGUUCAGUGUAAGUGACAGCAUCGAUAAUAUCGGAAACUGAUCGAUGAAUUGGAAAGCUAUCGAUGAAUUGCAAACUUAAAGUUCGGCAUUUCGUCGAAGAAAUGUGAUCCUAUUACAAACUGUACAUGUAUUUCAGUGCUUAUUUCAUGUUAAAUACUAAUGUGCACAACUCGUUUUAUUUUCAAUCUAUAAAAGAAAUAUGUAUAAGUUGCACAGGAAUUUUAUAUUUCUAACUUUUUUUCUUUUUAAGGAGCAGCAAACGACGAAAGGUAGAAAUAUUUUGUAAUAUGGCAAGCAUUUUUUCGUAUUAUAAGUGACAAAGAACAUGAACUUUUACCUUUGGUUUUUAAUGUUUGGCUUAUGUUUACUGCAUGACCGUAUUAUAGAGCAAGCUAAUCGUCAUACUUAAAUACUUAAAUAUCUCCGAAUAAAAUGAGGGAUUUUUUUAACAAUGCCUUUAUCUUUAAGCAACAAUUAUACAAUUGUGUAAUUGCAAAAACGAAGGAUAUUUGUAAUUGAAAAAUGAAUGCAAAUUAUACUUUAAAUCGAGGAAACGCUUAUACCGUUCCGCAUCGACAUAAUUGGACCGAAGUCCAUAUCUGCACGCUUGUAUAUCUAUCGCUUCAAAAAUUGUAUCGAUCCAGUUUUGGUAAACACUUCGACAUUAAUCAUUAAAAAAAACGCAGCGUGCAUAUUGAAGUGUUUUGAUCCUAAUUCAGUGUGCUAUACAGACGUUGUAUCGUACCUCGUCGUAUAGUACUUCCUAGGUAAACAUGUUCACUAAAAAAAAAAUAAUAAUACGUUUAACAACCUAGCUUUUCCUGCAAGUUAUGCAUGAAGGUAUUUUUGUUUUAGUCCUAAGCGAUGUAGGAGUGCAUAAUAUAACGGACGACCAUAGAAUAUAUAUUUUAAUUCAAUUAUGAUACAAGUAACGCUUUAGGGAGACAUAAUAUUAGUUUUGCGUCAUUUACUAAUUUGCUUGACACUUGAUGGAAACUAAAGUAAUUCACGUUCGCCAGCGGUAACAACAAUAUACAUUGUACGACUUGUUAAAAAAUAUAUUGUGCAUUUCACGUGUAUCGCUAGAGAUGUUCGUCGCCAUGUGCGAAAAGAACAUGCCUUUAUGUUGAAACAAUUAUCUUGCCAUGUUUUUGGAUUCUUUCAGAGCAAGGGUCCGAUAAGUGGCCGUGUUAAAACUUGAUGAUAGGUCACGUGACAUUACCCUUCGUUGGUUAUAGUUGUUUUUUCAGUCCGGGCAAGAGUUUCCAUUAUCACGUGAUGCGAAGGGCGACGCGUGAGUAGGUCAUGUCACAUGACAUGGCUCUUCGGUGAUUGGUUGGACGGUAUAAAUGAUUGACUGCGGGAAAUCAACAAUGAUGUAGGACAUUGACUUGUUACAAAGAUGUUGGAAAAAGAGAAAGGAAAACUGACAAAAUUCUGUGAUGGGGGCUCAGUGUUUUAAACUGUCAUCUUGCCUUCGACUAUUUGUAAGCAUCCACAACUUCUCUGCAGGGGCAAAUACAGCAUUAUGAAAGGAAUUGUAAUGUCUGUGACAGAGCCAAUAUUUUAUUAAUGAUUUAAUGAUUUCGAGAAAUGAUCCAGAACUCCUAGUUUGUAUUCUCCCUGGCCAUAGAUGUAUGGAUGUAUAAGUUUUGAAAAAUACAUCAUCAGGUUUACUCACUGAACUCGUUUGAAUUGCCCCAAUAGUAUUUUCACUGACAUUGUUGAGUAGGUCUGCUAUGGAGACAAUUUCAGACCCAUGUGCCCAUUUGAGAUGUGUCAGCCAGAAUGACGGGGCGCUAUACAAGAGUUUAAUACCCAAACCGAAUAUCGCCCUCUUUUGACCACCAUCUCUCAAAAGGUUAAUGCAAUUGCAAUGUACGCCCUAUGUGAUAUUACAUUCGAAAUUUUAUUGUACAAUUCAACUUGGCAUUUUUUUAUUACGCAGUAAUAUAUUGUAUUAUUAUACAUGAAGAUAACAUUUUGUUAUCUUAUAUGUUUAUAUUUUUAAAAAGUGCUUGUACUUAGUUGUGUGAAUGUUAAUCCGCAUGAUGAAAUUAACAUUGUUUUGUUAAUGAGGCAUAUUGACCCAGAAAUUAUAUUAAGUAUUUUUUUUAAUUUGGGUAAUUUUCGAUUUUAGUUAUGAGGUUCUGUAAUAUUUAACCAAGAGUUAAAACAAACUUGGAGAAAAUACUCCACUUAGCCUUAUGUACUCUGGACGUGAUGUAAUGUAUGUAUUAAACGGAAGCAUUUUGGGAAA